UCGUCUGACGUCCAUCACCACCACUCUGUUCCCUAAGGGCAGUCGUAGUGUCGUACCCAGAGACAUGCCACUCAACAUCUUUGUCAAGAUCAUACAAUUUAUAGCCCAGGAAAGACUCGAUUUUGCCAUGAAGGAGAUCAUCUUUGACCUGCUGUGUGUCGGGAAGCCUGCCAAAGCGUUCAGUCUCAACCCAGAGCGUAUGAACAUAGGUCUGAGGGCCUUCCUGGUCAUAGCUGAUGCCCUGCAGCAGAAGGAUGGGGAGCCUCCCAUGCCCAACACUGGAGCCACUCUGCCCUCUGGAAACUCUCUGAAGAAGAAGAAGACUUACCUCAGCAAGACGCUCACUGAGGACGAAGCCCAACUCAUAGGUGUGUGUGC